AUGGCUUUUGCUGCAAUCAAUUCAGCGGUCAUGCACAUCCCCGCGAUUGAGGAGGCUUUUGCGACUGAGCCUUCCUUGAAGAAACGAGUUUAUGAUGCGAUCGGAUCUACACCACAGCAUACACCUCUCUUCGAGGAUCUUGCUCGUCAUACAUCCGCCCUGCUGGCCAGGACUGUGAAAACCACGUCGCUUCCGCUAGUGCCGCCGCCCAGCGAAGGCCCAGUAGUGAAGAAACGGAAAAUACAAAAUGGACUGGCAGAGGAACUGGCGCAGGCGCCAGUCAAUGUCAAGGAUGAUGUGCCCAUUCAAUUCUAUGUGCAGGAUGUCUCAUUCGCUAUCCCUCAGCGGAAAAAACUCACGCUCGAGGUGACUGCUGGAUACAGUUACCUGCGCGCGAGGAAUCAAACCACCAAAGAGGUUGAAUUCGGAGUGCCAAUGAAUCGCAUUCGUCAUGCCCUUUGUCUCCCUGUUCCCGAGAAAACGCAGAAGCAAUUCAACUUUUGCAUCGUUCCUGAAUUUGCCGAUGGCGUCACUCCGCCGCCUGAAGGCAUGACUGCCUUUGAACCGAUGGUCUUUAUGAUCCCUGAUGGGCCGGCCAAGGCAGCAUUCGAUGGAUCCGGGCAACAAGUGGGAAACGAGGCCGGCGAUUCUGGCGAAGCUCUGCUUCGGAAGAUUCUGAACCAGAAUCUGACUACCACUAGUGUGGUACGGCCUGACGAGAGGCAGUUUGUCAGCGCGAUGUCCGAAGCACACCGCAAAAAUGAGAAAGCCUAUCAUGUGAAGGCAUUCCGGGGCAGCAAAGAAGGCUACCUGUUCCUCCUUUCCACUGGCAUUCUCUUCGCAUUCAAGAAGCCGCUCCUAUUCUUCUCCUUCGACACCAUUGAUUCCGUCUCCUACACAUCCGUUCUUCAACGAACAUUCAACUUGAAUAUACUCGCGCGCCCCAAUGGUGGUAGUGGCGACGCUGAAGGGGAGACGCAAGAAUUCGAAUUCUCCAUGAUCGACCAGGCGGAUUUCGAUGGAAUCGAUGCCUACAUCAAGCGACAUGGCCUCCAAGAUGCCAGUCUUGCUGAGGCUCGGCGCGCGAAGAAGUACAACGUCAAUGGCGGCAACAAGGGCGAGGAUGGCGCUCCUGGUGCUGGAGAUGCGGGCGAAGAGGAGAGUGAGCUGCAGAAGGCUCAGCAAGAAAUGGAGGAUCUUGAGGACGAGGAUGAAGAGGACUAUGAUCCCGGCAGUGAUGAUGGCAGUGAUGGCAGUGGUUCCAGCAGCGAAGAAGAUUCCGAAGACGAUGACGACGAAGGAGUUGAUGAGAACGACGAGGCGGGCAGUGACGGGGAGAGGGAUUUGGUGAAACAUGAACUCGGAAGCGAAACCGAGGACGUUGGUCAUGAGAAGCAGUGA